AUGAGUGACGAUGACUUUUUCCAAGAUAAAGGCAGCAACUCGUUACAGUACAUCAAAUGCAAGACCAGCACAAAAAUUGAUGACAUUUUGAAGAGGCGAAGAAAUAAGUUAAUCAACGGAGGGAACGGAAAACAAAAGGAACACCACAGUGAAGGGAGCAGACAUGGAAAUGAUGAAAGGUAUCCAAAAUGGGGAGAAAAAAGUGACAGUGAUGACCGGAGGAGCAGUUACCAACUGGAGGAAGUGAAUAAAUAUUUAACAAAGCAUAGUCAUGUAAAUCUCCUGGAUGAUGAAGGAGAGUUCAAGUUGGGAAGGAAUUACACACAACAUAGAUACAGCCUAGGGAUGAAAAGUUUCGCAAAGGAUUCUAUUAAGGAUAUUUAUUCCUACGAUGAGAAAUUAAAAAAGGGGAACAUUAAAAGUUGCAUUAAUUUAUCAACCUUUGAUGAUACAAAAAGGAACCAAUUAGGAGCGUCCAAAUCGUUGGACCAUAUAAGCCAACAUGGAAGGGAAAAGAGUAGCAGUCUAUACUAUCAGCAUAAUGGAGAGGAAAACGUAAGUUAUGGAGAGGACACCAUGGGGGGUAAUUUAAAGAGCAUAUAUAAGACUCCUAGUACAGAGGUCCUUUUGAGAGAGAUAAGAAGCAAAGGGGAUGAGGAGGGUAGCAUUCUUCAGGAGGGUGAAGUUAUCGGGGGGGAAUAUCAUAAUGGUUAUGAUGAAAAUAGGGAAGAAAUUUUUGCUAACUUGAAUAAGAUUUACCCGAAUGAAGUAGAUUUAAAUAAAACCCCAAGUAAAAGCUUCUCGAGGAGCUAUUUCGAGUACUUAAAAUUCGAAACAGCUGGGAAAAUGAAUAUGAGCGAAUUGGAGACUCCCGCAAAUUUGAAGGAUGAAAAAGAGGAAGAAAGUACGAACACCCCAUUUAUUACGUAUUAUUUGGCUGGGAAGACAAGCAAAAAUGGGCUUGAGCAGGAGGGAAAUCAAGACUCUCCAUGUGAUGAUGAAAAAGGUGGAGUUGUCCCCCCUGGGAUGGAGGUUGAAAAGAGUAGUAGCGGUUAUUUGCCACCAAAGGAAGGGCAAAACAUACUUGAAGAAUUAACUUUGAAAGGGGAAAAGGACAAAAAAGGGGAUAACAAUUUUAUUACGGAGGAGGGAGUCGGUGUUGCUUCCCAUUUGAGUAGAUUUAAAAGUAUGGUCUCUAACCAAGGGGAUGACGCUCACUGUAGAAGCAGCUACAAAGGGGGGGGCGAGAGUGGGACCCUACUCAAGCUUGCCGGCUCGCAGAAGUACAACUUUGUAAAAACUGAAGCGGAAUAUAGUGACAUGUUGAGAGAAAAAAGUGGUCAGCAGGAAGUUCGAAAAGGUAGCGCAACCACUACUGGAAGGAUUGCAGAGAGUAGCAAUGUAAAUUUUUUGGGAAAAAUGGUCUCUAACAAUAACGUAAGUUUUAAUGAUAACAUUUUUUGGUCAAACCAAUUUCACAUAAUGAAUACGAAAUCGUUUCGGGACAACCUGUUCGUGGACUCCAAGCAGUGCGACAGGGAGAGCACCGUGCCGCUACAGAUGAUGAAGCAUAGAAGUGACGUGUUACCCCCAGGGUGUGAGUUGAGAAAAAGUCUGACUUUAAGAGACAUGCCGUUAGCUAAUUCAAUAGCGGAGAAACCAAGAGUCCAUGAGCUCUCCUCUGGGGUGGACGCCUUGCACAGGGGAGACCACAAUUAUGCCAUCCCAUGGAAUGACAAAGUAGAGACCCAUGAUGACAGAUCCUUUGGUGUAAGCAAGAACCAUUUGGUGGUUAACUCCAUGAUGGUGCAGAGGUCUCAAACGGGAAUUAACCAACUAGACGAGUUUGCAAUCCAUCGGAGUGCCAGUUUUGGGGAUAGAAAAAAAGUCACGGACUUGGUAAGUAAGUUGGAUAAGGACCCCCCCACAGAUGUGUAUGUCCGUGAAUACAGCAAAGGAUGUGAUAACCCUCCGUUUCGUUUUAAUUCUUUAAAAAGGAGCACUGUAAAGGUAGCCAGUCUUGAGGAAGACAAACGUAGCAGGUGGGGCAAAAGUGAGCAUAGCAGAAACGCUGGUGAUGAUUCCACAGAGGUGAAUAACAAUAUCAGUUACAAUAUCGAAAGGAGCUAUAACAAUAUGAACGAGCUGGAUGCGGAGGAGGGAAGACUAACCAGGAGAAGCGAUCCUUCCAACCAGAAAAACGGAAUCGUUUUCACCAAAUUGAGGAAUCUGAACAAACAUGGUGAUGAUGGGAGUAGUACUCUUCAAAACACACACAAGUACUCAAUCGAAGGAAGAGAAAAAAAAUAUUUCUCAAAUAGUUUUGAAAAUGUGUAUCUGAGGAGUAGUCAUUAUAACGAUGAGGGGGAGAGAAUGUCAAAUUAUGCGAGUGAGGUUAGGAAAAAAAAAACAUCACCGUAGAUGGGGAAUAGUGAAAAGGGGACUAUAAUGUACAGAAAUGUGGCCAGUAAUAACCCUAAUGGAGUUAUACUACCCACUGAUGGAAUGACAAAUGUACAGGUGGAUGAGCGCAAUGGAAUAAGAUUUUAUAGUGGUCCCUUGGUGGGGAGAGAAUUAGUUCCUGUGAGUAAUAAAAGCAGUGUGAACAAGUUAAGCGAGACAGCCGAUUUCGGGGGGAAAGAAAGCAGUGACUUGUCUGAAUCGAGAAACAACGACAACACGGUUAGGAUUAUAUCUAGCGAGGGUUACGUUUCUGACAGGAGGAGGGAAGUCAUCGACGGGCGUAACUUGAGGCAGUACUGGUUCGAUUACAUCAAUAGCAGCUUUGGUAGCGUCAAUGCGAAUGAAAUAAAGGGGUUGAUAUUUGGUAGUUCACAGGGGCGCACCGAUAGUAGCACAGCCAAUAAGCAGAUGGGACCCACAUCAAAUCAGACGCAACACUCUACGUGUGCAGUGCCAGGGGACAUCUCCAACAAUCGCAUUAGUGAAGACAUACUGGCAGAACUCAUCCGGGAAAAGAUAAAGGACAGCAUAAAUGACGUAGUUGAGAGGUUACUGAGUCAGAAAAAGAGUCCCGAUUUAGUAAGAAAGGAUCUUCUGAACGAAGUUGAAAAGGAGCCAAAUUUGAGUCAUGCAUUAGAGGGGUACUACAACGGGGGGAAAGACAGUGGACUGUGCUGCAGUGGCGGUGUGAAGUGUGAUGAGGGGGAAGCAGACGAGGAUGUCGAACCAGUUGAAGGGGUCGAAAGGGAGAUGAGAGAAAAAAAAAAUCUUGUUUGUAACAACGGAGUGACUAGAAUCACUGGGGAAGCACUAAGGGGGGAAGUCGAUCAGGAAAAGGGCAGCACGAAGGUAGAACGUUGCUCGGAAGAACAACGAGGAGAGGGACAUUCACCACAGGGAAGUCAACGCCUGGGAAGAGAAUCGAACAAAGAAACAGUCCAGCUGGAUGAAGAAGACAUGCUAGAAAUUGAGAAGCUGAAUAACCAUCUCAAAUUAAACAAAAUAAAAAAAUCAGUAAAUCUGCAAAAAGAAGACAAAGAAAAGAAUCAUGUGAAAUGGAAAAAUCUCCUUUACAAUUGUAUAGAUAUUAUUUACUUGUUGACGAAUGAAAAUAAUGCAAAAAAUAAAAAAAUGAAUUCCUUGUUAGGAGAAAUAAACAAGCUGAACGAUUAUGAGAAGAAGAUAGAGCAUCUGAAUGAAGAGAAUGAAAAACUGAAAAUACAAAUUUUGCAAAAGAACGAACUUGUGAAAAAAAAAGACAUCAAAGAAAGGACAAACUUAAAUUUGAAAAUCUCCGAACAAGGAAAAAAAAUUGCCAAUUAUGAGAAGGACAUUAACAUAUAUAAAAAUAAAGUCAACAAACUGAAUCACAAAAUAAGUAACAAGGAGAGCGAACUGGAUAAGUUGAAAAAGAAGUACCAUCUCGUUUUGGAUGAAAUUGAAAAGUGCAAACAGGAUGCUACCGCUACUUUGAAGCAGGUACUGAACAAAAAACACACCACCCUGGUCGAUAAGCAGUGUCAAGACAUUUCGAAAUAUUACGAGGUUGAGAUGUGCAUGCUUAACAAACAAGUUAGAAAUUUGAAGGACCUCCUUAAAAGUGAGACCAAGGAGAAAAUCAUGCUCAGCAAGAAGCUAAGCGAGUGCUCCGAGGGGAGCGUUCGGGGUGGGCUCCCCGGCGAGCAGUCCAAGGGGCAGUUCAGUGGGCAGUUCAGUGGGCAGUCCAAGGGGCAGUCCAAGGGGCAGUUCAAUGGGCAGUCCAAGGGGCAGUCCAAUUGGCACUCCAACGGGCACCCCAACGCUGAUUCGUGUGCCCAUUCGGGUGCACACUCCAACGAUGAUGAGGAUGGGGAGGAAAGCCACAGAAAGGCCGCCCCCCAAAAGGGUAACUCAACCCAGGAAGAAACGCGCGAACAAACGAAUGAAGGCACGUACAAAAAAAUGUGCCAAAACUUAUUCAACGAAAUGAAUGAAAUAAAAAAAAAUUUUGACAAUCAGAAAAUUUUGUAUGACCAAAAAAUUGAGCAACUCGAACAAAAGCAGGAGCUGCAAAAUAUUAAAAAUAAAUUGGACGCAUCCGAAAAAAUUGUAGAAGUGUACCAAAAUAUUUUUCGCGAAAAUGUGAAUUAUAUAAAAAAUGAUAACUUGCAAAAACGGGAUUUCAGUCAACCCAUGGGUGAGAUGCAUCCCCAAGGGGACGGGCAGAGUUACAGCCAUUUGCAAAGCGGUGAGAAGGAUAAUUUGACCAAAAAGUUGGAUGUCGUUAGCUUGGCUCGACACUCUAAUGGGGGGAGCAGCUACGACGACCUUGGCAAAUGCCCCGUUGCAUUGUCUAGGAAGGAUAACCCUAAUACUCAGAUGAAUGCCACAUUCACGUCUUGUAAUAUACCCGGGGCGUCUGCAGAAUUCACCAUGAGCAGGCUCCAAAUGGGAAGUGAGUCAGGGGGUGGCCACCUGCUGCCGCCCGGGGUUAAUAGUGCAGCUUGGGGAAGCGUUCCCUCGGGGAGCGGCAUUGGUGUGGUUAGCGGCAUUGGUGUGGUUAGCGGCAAUGGUAUGGUUAGCGGCAAUGGUGUGGUUAGCGGCAAUGGUAUGGUUGGCGGCAUCGGUAUGGCUAGCGGCAAUGGUAUGGUUGGCGGCAUCGGUAUGGCUAGCGGCAUCGGUAUGGCUAGCGGCAUCGGUAUGGCUAGCGGCAAUGACAUGGCUGGCAGCAUUGGCAUGGUUAGCGGCAUCGGUUCGGUGAGUGGUCUUGGCUUGGCGAGCGGCCUAGGGUCAGUCGGUCCGCGCAACCAGAACGAGACCACGCAGCACAACUACCUGAACGAGUUUGUAAAGAUGUACCUAGAAAACAACCCCAUCAGUGAAUCAAACAAAAACAACGGGUUCAAAAUUAGCGACCUCACAAAAUGGAAUCAAAGAUGUACAGAAAAUGUGCUCAACAAUGAACACAAAAUUAAUCACCUACAUGACAGCUUAAUGAAAUUUGAAAAGACAGAAUUGGUCAACAUAUUCAUAAGCAUAUGUAGUGAAUUAAAAAGUGACAAUAUUUUUUUCGUGAUCGAGUUUGUAAAAUUUUUGUCCUUCAUAGUGUAUGAACAGUUCCCGUUAUUCACGUCCUUCUUUUACAACGUCGCCUCGAUCAUUUCAAUAAAUUCUACCAAAUUUGAUGAAUACAUAAAUGUGAUCAAGAAAUGGAAGAGCCACUACGUGAAUGGGCAGAAAUAUUAUCUCUUCCGGAGAAGUGUGCUUUUCAUUUUUCAAGCAGAUUUGAAAGACGUCAGAAGGAGCGACAUCGACAGGGCUUGCUUGAACCUUGUCAGAAGUUUAUACCAGAAGAAUAUGGAGAUGUCCAAAUAUUCGAAUGACUCCUUCGAAAAGGCCGAAUACAUAAUCAACAAGCAUUCGAAGGAAAUCAUCAGCAAAGUCAUUAAGACGUACAUGAACCUCUACAGCAUUGACAAAAUCAGCAACAUCAUCCCGCACAUGAAUUCAAUAAACUCAAAGCUCAAAACGCAGUCCUACUUUGUCAGGUCCAUAUCGUCCUGCUUGAAUUUGAGCAAAACGGAUAAUUUUCAGGAGAUCGAGCGGAAAAUAAAAGAACUGGCGGCAACCAAGGGGAUUAACGAAAAGAUAAAGAACAGAAUAAACGUAGACGAAAUAGACGAAUAUUUGGCGGCGUACACAAUUAUGGGCACGCUGAAGAAGUACUUGAACGUUACCCUCACCCAGGACCUGUUGCCCUCCAUCUCAAAGAUGAUCCAGAAGAACAGGUCAUCUCAGUGA